UAAAAACACCGCAUUCCUUUGGCACAGGAUGAAGACCAGCUCAGCUCUUCAGCCGUGGAUCAUUGUCUAUUGUUCUCCAAACAGUAAACCACUAUUUCACACCAGAGAUUGUGUGGGCUGCAGUUCUAUCGGAGCCCUGGGCUUCUCAUGAAUAUGGAGUGAAGGGCUCUGACCCAGAAAGUGGAAGGUUCUGAGCAGGGUAAGAUGGGGUCUCGGAAAUGUGGAGGCUGCCUAAGUGGUCUGCUGAUUCCUCUUGCACUUUGGAGCAUAAUUGUCAAUAUAUUAUUAUAUUUUCCAAAUGGGCAAACUUCCUAUGCGUCCAGCAAUAAACUCACCAACUACGUGUGGUAUUUUGAAGGAAUCUGUUUCUCAGGUGUCAUGAUGCUUAUAGUAGCAGCAGUUCUUCUUGUACUGGAGAAUGAUAGCAACUAUAAAUGUUGCCAGAGUGAAAACUGCAGCAAAAAAUACAUGACACUGCUGUCGAUGAUCUUUUCCGCCCUUGGAAUUGCUUUCUCUGGAUACUGUUUGGUCAUAUCUGCUCUGGGCCUCGUUCAGGGUCCAUACUGCCGCACCCUCGAUGGCUGGGAGUAUGCCUUUGAAGGCACUUCAGGACGUUUCCUUACAGACUCCAGCAAAUGGACUGAGUGCCUGGAACCUGCACAUGUAGUGGAGUGGAACAUCAUUUUAUUUUCCAUUCUCAUAGCUCUCAGUGGGCUUCAAGUAAUUGUUUGCCUCAUCAGAGUAGUCGCUCAGUUAUCCAAGAUACUGUGUGGAACCUAUUCUGUCAUCAUCCAGCCUGGAAUCAUUUGAAUGAGGACAAGAAUAUUUUCCAUUAUCAAGAUAUACCAUCUGUCUGUAUCACAUCUACUGUAUAGACCUUAAGGCAAUAUUCAAAUGAUGGUGGUUUCUCCAUUUGGUGCUUUUUUGCCUGUUUAUACAAUUUACAGUCCCCCCUGGAAGUGCCAAUUAGGCUACCCUUCCAUUUAGAUUUUUUCCUAAGCACUAUAUAUCAGGAUCUUCAGAAAGUCCAUACUCUUUGGUCAAACAAAUCCAUUUUCAAUAAUCUAUACUAUGGAAAUACAUGAGAAAAGAAGAUAAAAUUUUAUGUAAAUACAAAUAAUACAAUAUUAUUUACUAUUCUAGAAAAUUAGAAAUACCCCGAAGUCUAAUUUUAGGGGAAGGAUUAAAUCAAGAGUAGUACAUUAGUUGUAAUAUUAUGUAGCCAUUACAAAUUAUGUUACGCAGUCAUUACAAAUUAUAUCCUAGACAUUAAGAAUACUGUUAAAUGAAAAAGCAGAUUACAAACAGUGGUAUACAGUGGUAUAAACAUAACCAUAUAGAACAAACAUCAAAUCUUCAAAGUUUAGGAGAAAAACUAAAUCUAGAAGGAUUUACAGAAAAAUGUCAACUGUCAUUGGUCUGGAUCGUAGGUGACUUUUCCUGCUUUUCUCUAUUUCCCAAGUUUUCUUUAUCAUGUUUUAUAAUUAAAACAUAUUUUAAUACUCAUAUUUUUACUAUUAAAAUUUUUUGCUUUUAUCCAACCUUUAAAGAUAUGUGCUUUUUCCCGCCUUGAGUAUCUGUAAACAUCAUAAUACAAUGCUUUAAUCAGUGUUCAAUAAGGAAAGUAUUGAGAUACAUAAGACAUAAAAAAAAGUUUUAUAUAAAUUUAUAUAAUCUAACUGAGUCUUUAGCCUUAUUUUGUCAUUCCUAAUGAUGAGUGUGGUAGGCUACAAGAGGUAACCUUGAAAUAAAUGAGUAGUUGAGGACAUGCUCAAUGAGUUAAAGAAAGUGACCACUGACCAAUUGAUACCUAUGUCAUAGGGAGUUAUCACUACCUGUAUGUAUAGAAAAAAAUUUUAGUGAAACAUCUAGAAACUUUCUGUCUAUAUACUUACCAUGACUUCCUUGAGAACAGCAACCAUGUUAUAUAUUUUCCCACCAUCCAUAGGACAUAGCACAAAGUGGGCAUAGUAGACACUCAAUGUUGGAUAUUCAUGCCAGGCCCGUCUGCUCUUCAUGGCUACUCUGCUGAACACCUGUCUCCAUCAUAGGCCCACUGGGCCAUAACACUUCUGCCACUUGCCCAUUGCUCUCCUCCAUGAACACUGUCAACAAUGCUCUGUCAACACCUGCUCUGUGCCAAAGUUGGGCAGCAGCCUGGGGGAAGAGGGGGAAAAUGCUUCUCUCCUUGAUAUCUGACCUGCCCACAUCCUUCUUUAAGGGAAGCUGCACUGUUGGCAGCCCUUGCUGUUAUAAGUAUCUUGAAAGCAAGCCAUGUUGUAUUUCAGAUCUUCUCCAUGCCCUGGACCCAGCUGAAAGAAUUGGGAUGGGGACCCAAGCCACGGGCAGCCUAUUGUUGCCUAUUAGCUCUGACUCAGCCAAGAGUGAAACGCCAUCAAAAUGAGAUUAGUGGUCAUUCUUACUUGAGAAUCUGAACUCAAGGAAGGCAGGAAUCAAGCAACCAGUCAGUGCUGUCAGGAAAGUAAAGGGUGAGAAAAGACGCCAACACACUCAACAUACAGAGAGUAUCUAACUACUCCACCAAGCCCAUAAACUUGUCAUAUUCAGCACCCACUUCUUUUAGUUCUCCCAACCCCUUCUUAACCCUCUUGUAAACAGACUUCCGGCAGGUCAAUCCCACCAGUUUGUCAGACACAUUCAGACUGUCUCAGUCUUGUUUAGGUACAAUAUGGCACCAUACCUUGAGUGGACCACGAGUAGAGGUCAGCUGAACCACUCCACCACAGAAUUGGAAACAUUGUCUAAGAACAGGGUUGCAGCCAAAUGCAGUACAGCAUAUGUAUCAGUAAAUCAAAUAUUAACACAGCCACCCCAAAUUUUGUAUUUAAAGAGCACUUGCUAAUGAUGUGUUUUUAAGGAAAAAAGCUGGAUACAAAUAUAUGUGUGCAGCGUGAGCCCAAACUUUUAAAUAACCUGUAGACACGCACAAACCUUCAGAUACAGACAAAAAGGACUGAAGCAACACGUGAAUGUUAAUAGUUAAUAAUUAUCCCCUAAUGGGGGAUUAUGACUUCUGUUUGUUUUCUCUAUAUUGUUCUAUAUUUUCAAAUUUUCAUUUGAAAAUGUGUUACUUGAAUAACGAGAAAAAAAUAAACCCCAUUUAAAAAAGGAA